AUGCCUAGCUCCGUCCCUGAGUACGAGGGUCAUAUUUCGGAUUUUGGCACUGCAAAGCUUCUGAUGAAUACUUCUUCUAACCAGACUACCUUUGCAGGGACGUUUGGAUACGUUGCUCCAGAAUUUGCUUAUACGAUGAAGGUGACUGAGAAAGGCGACGUGUAUAGCUUUGGCGUGUUAGUAAUAGAAGUAAUCGCAGGAAAGCAUCCGGGGAGCUUGCAUUCGAUGUUGAGCAAGGAAAGAGAAGCACAAGAAUUGGAUUGGAAAAGGAGGGUGAAUAUCAUUAGAGGGGUAGCUAAUGGAUUGGCCUACAUGCACGUUGAUACCUUCCCGGCAAUUGUUCAUAAAGAUAUUUCUAGUAAAAACAUUUUGCUAAACUCUAACUAUGAGGCUUGUAUUUCGGAUUUUGGCACUGCUAAGCUUUUAGAGCGGGAUUCCUCUAACUGGACGGCCAUUGCUGAGUUCGCGUAUACAAUGAAGGUUACUGAAAAGUGUGAUGUGUAUAGCUUUGGAGUGUUGGCAGUAGAAAUGAUUAAAGGACAGCGUCCGGGUAAUCUUACGUUGUCUCUUUCUUCUCCGUUGACGAGGACAGGCGUAAUGCUGGAGGAUGUGUUGGACGACCGCCUUCCGCCACCGCCGCAAGAGAUUUUGAAUCAGCUCAUCGAUAUCUUAAAGCUUGCAGUUGUGUGCUUACAGGAAAAUCCACAAUCUAGGCCUACCAUGAAAGAUGUUUCGCAGAUUCUAUCGACUCUAAUCAUGAAAUCCUAA